UCAAAAGCCAACAAGUUUUAUUACAGUCCAGUUACAUAUCUAUGCGACUUUCUACAAGUCACCUUUCACUCAUUUGCUUGUCUAUGUUCCGAGUUAUUUUUAUUAGUUUUGUUAAGAGCAGAUUUUCAUUUUUAACAAUUUAUUUUUAAUUGUAAACAAUGACUGAAGUCGACAAUAUAGUGCGGAAAUUCCAGUCUGAUGAAAAGCCGCGGUAUGAGGCUAUGCUUUUUCAGUAUCAGACUACUACGCUUACAGAUUACAGGCUCGGGGAAAACACGCCGCUGCCCCCUAAAACUGUUUAUAAGCCGCGUCGAACACCGGAACGCAAGCCGUACGAACCUAUCAAGCAUCUGGAAACUAUGUCGGAAUAUUUACACAGAGUCCCGUUCAGUUUGUACAUGAGGCCGAAAGAAAUCUUGCACACAGAUCCCAGGCACAAGCAAAAAUACUUUGAAAAGCCGAAAGACGAAGAACGCGCGAUGGUGCAGCAGACUCGUCCUCGCCUGGUAAUGACCCCCGCCGUGAGUUUGGACGACAUCGAUAACCCGACCGACCGCAAGAUCCUCUGCGAGGACAUAUACACUAGCACAGCCACGGCUGGCACAAGGGAGGCAAUCAGACCCUACUCCAGGGUCGAGGCGCCCUUCCCUGAAAAUUCCGCCAAAGCUAAGCCGGUGUUGCUGCCUAAGUAUAACCAACCGACGGUGUCUGAGGAGUGGCGAAUGGACUCCGUAGAGUGGGACAACAGACAGCACCGCUGCUUCUGCGACCUCACCAAGGAGUUCUGGCUCUCCUACUCCUUGUUUCCAUGCAGGGCUUGUAAUGAAUCCGCAAUAAUUGAGGCGACAAGGAAGGCAGAGCGACAACAAUUGAAACAGUGAAUAGUGGAGUAGCAAAGUGUAAUUAUAACCUCAAAUGGGAAAGGCGGGAAAAAAAUUGCAUUGUUUUUAGAGAGACUUUAAGUACAGGGUAGUUUAUAUUCUGAUUUCAUUAUUUUUAAUUAGUGAUUUUUAUUUAUAGAUUAUUUUGUUUAGUUUAUUUUUAAUAGUCAUGUUUGUUUUCUAGGAAUAUUAAUAAAAAUAUCACCCAUAUUUUAA